GGCUCCUUCACUCAACCACAGUCAUGCGGUCCUCUUUGUCCAGGCAGACUUACUCCACGAAGGGAGGCUUCAGCUCUAACUCAGCCAGCGGAGGGGGCGGGAGUCGGACGCAAACCAGCUAUAGCUCCGUGACCAUGUCCAGGACCAGUGGCUCCGGUGGCAGCGCUGGGGUCCGCUGUGGCCCCAGCUCUGGGGGCUUUGGCAGCCGGAGCCUCUAUAACUUGGGAGGAAGCAAGAGCAUCUCUGUCAGCGUGGCUGGUGGGGCCUCUUCUGGUCGUGUACUAGGAGGCUUUGGCAGUGGGGCCUAUGUGGGCCUAGGGGCUGGCCGGCAGACAUUUGGGCCAGCCUGUCCUCCCGGGGGGAUCCAGGAAGUCACUGUCAACCAGAGCCUGUUGACACCUCUCAAUGUGGAGAUAGACCCCGACAUCCAGCGGGUGAGGACUGAGGAGCGGGAGCAGAUCAAGACCCUCAACAACAAGUUUGCCUCCUUCAUCGACAAGGUGCGUUUCCUGGAGCAGCAGAACAAGGUGCUGGAGAUGAAAUGGGCCUUGCUGCAGGAGCAGAGCCAGAACACGGGGGUCGCCAGGAACCUGGAGCCUUUCUUUGAGGGUUACCUGAGCACUCUGAGGAGGCAGCUGGACGCCAAGCAGAGCGAGCAGGGGCGGCUGGAGACGGAGCUGAGGAGCAUGCAGGACAGCGUGGAGGACUUCAGGAAGAAGUACGAGGAUGAAAUCAACAAACGCACUGCCUUGGAGAACGAGUUUGUGGUGCUCAAGAAGGAUGUGGACGCUGCAUACAUGGGAGAAGUGGAUCUGCAUGGCAAAGUGGACACCUUGACUCAGGAGAUUGACUUCUUGAAGCAUCUCUAUGAGAUGGAGCUGAGCCAAGUGCAGAUCAAUGUAUCUGACACCAACGUGGUCCUCUCCAUGGACAACAACCGAUGCCUGGACCUGGACAGCAUCAUCGCCGAGGUCAAGGCCCAGUACGAGCUGAUCGCCCAGAAGAGCCGGGCCGAGGCCGAGUCCUGGUACCAGACCAAGUACGAAGAGCUGCAGGUGACAGCUGGGAAGCACGGGGACAGCCUCCGAGACACCAAAAAUGAGAUUGCAGAGCUCACUCGCACCAUCCAGAGACUGCAGGGCGAGGUGGACGCUGCCAAGAAGCAGUGCCAGCAGCUGCAGACGGCCAUCGCAGAAGCGGAGCAGCGUGGGGAGAUGGCACUCAAGGAUGCUAAGAAGAAGCUUGGAGAUCUAGACAUAGCCCUGCACCAGGCCAAGGAGGACAUGGCCCGGCUGCUGCGGGACUACCAGGCUCUCAUGAACGUCAAGCUGGCCCUGGACGUGGAGAUUGCCACCUACCGCAAGCUGCUGGAGAGUGAGGAGAGCAGGAUGUCUGGAGAAUGUCCUAGUGCGGUCAGCAUCUCGGUGACUGGCAACUCUACCUCGGUGUGCGCAGGCGGUGCGGCUGGCUUCGGGAGCGGUGCCAGCAAGGGUGGUUUCAGUGCCAGUGUGGGCUACGGCACUGCCAAGGGUGGGCAGGUCUCUGGGGGGACCUCGAUCCUGAGGAAGACCACCACGGUCAAGACCUCUAGCCGGAGAUACUAGCAGCAAGGCUUUGUGGGCUGGGCGGUGGUCCCGCCGACCACGCCUUCUCAGGACCACAGAGGCUGAGCGUCCUCGUGGUGCCCA